AUGGCUGGCUACGCGGAUCCCGACACGCAAAUGGGCGGAGGGCCAGGUCAAUACGCAAACCAGAAUGGCACACCACCAGCGCAGCAACACCAGUUGACUGACCCCGAACUGCGCCUACAGGAAAACCUACAGCAGCUGCGUGAGGGUGGAGACAUGAUGCAUCCGGCCGGUCCCCAGCAACCGCAGUACCAGCAGAUGGCUCACAUGGGACCUGCCAUGGGCGCGCACCAGCAUUUCGCAGGACCUACACGCCCAACACACUCUCCGCAACAAAUGGCGCAACAUGUCAUGAGUAUGGAAGGACAUCACGACCCAUAUGACCCCAACGAUCCGAAUCGCAAACGCUCCAAGGUUUCGCGCGCCUGCGACGAGUGCCGAAGGAAGAAGAUUCGAUGCGAUGCAACCAGUGAGAAUGGCCCAGAAGCUUGUUCUAGUUGUAAACGAACUGGGGCGCGCUGCCAGUUCAGUCGUCAACCCAUGAAACGCGGGCCUAGCAAAGGUUACAUCAAAGAGCUUGCAGACCGACUCAAUUCGCUUGAAAGCCAGAUACAUCAUCCCCCUGCUCAGUCACAUAACUUCGAUUUCGGAACCCUAGGUGAUCAGUCAUUCCCCGACACUCAGAGCCCACCGCAGUUUAAGCGCCAGCGCACUCACUCAAUGACGGACGGAUUCCACGAUGCGUUCAGCCGGCCCAACUGGUCCGCUCAGGACCGCGGUAAUGGUGGAUCUGUAGAUGCACAUGGUCUGCCUGUGCUACCGGACCAAGAACCAUCGCUCAACAGCAAUCGUCGCACCUCGUUUGGAGACAUGAACCUAGGCGGUAGCCUGAUCACUGGCUCUCAUGAAGAAAUUCUCAAAGCGUAUUACAACAUCAUCCAUCCCACACUACCUGUCUUGCCACAUCACGAAUCGCAACUCAACCGCCUUACAAACUGUCCGUCGAAGCUACGAGAGACAUUCUUCCUGACACUGGAAGGCUGCAUCCGAUCUAUUGCUUCGAAGGCUCUACCGCCUAUCGAGAUCAGCCUCAACCAGCUGUUGCAGCAGUGCUUCACCUCUGUCGAUGCAGCCAAUUAUUGCCUACAAGACACAGACAGCUCACGACAGUUUUACAAUCACUUGGUGUACUGCCAGUCAUUGAUCCUGCUUGCUGCAGCGUCUGACAGACCGAGUCCCGGCGUCAUAGGCAGUACAACAGGACUACUAGGCCGUAUCUCAGCCUGCAUUGCCGACGCAGCGAUCAACGACUCGAGGACCUUGACUGUGAUGAAAGAACAAGACCUUGAAGUAUAUCAGACAGCACGUCGCGUAUAUUGGACUGCAUUGAUCCUAGAUCGCUUCCACGGCUCUAGUCGAUCAAAGGACAUGAUGAUUCGAAGGUACUCCGGAACUCUUUCGCGAGACGACUAUACAGCUUUGGGCGAAGUCGGCUAUUAUCUUGCCCGUGCUGCCCUAAUCGUUGGCCGAAUAGCCUAUGUGAAUCGCGCAGGCAGCGUUCCAAAUGUCGAUCCAUCGGCUCCCUUUGCAUUUUCAGCACUCAAACCUGGGACUGUUGAAUCAGAGUACCUCAAUGCGGCACUAGACGAAGUCAAGCAGUCUAUUGAUCUCACCACUUUGACGCGUAACUCCCCUCCUCACUUGGCGCAUCAGUAUCUCAGAGUGUUCAUCGCGCGACUUUCAUUGCAGAACAUACCUUCUGCUGAAGUUUUCGAUGUCACUAAAGAACUGCUCAGUAACCUAAUGAGCGGCGCGAUAACUCCCUUGCAUCACAUCUUCGCUGCUCUGGUGGCUACGUCUCUUACCGAGUUGGCUGAUCGGGUCGAGAUGCAAGCGGAGGCGAACGCAAGCAUCAAAGAAAUGAACGAUGCGCUGUCAAAUGGUCAGAUCAUACAUCGCAGCUCCGACGGUCUAGGCUGGGAAACAGCGAUUGGGGAACUGCUACAGAAGAAAAAGUCUUCCACUCCACCUUACACUGGUCCGGAGCAAGCUAGUCCCGCAUUGGAACCCAACAUGGCUGGGUUACAACAUCUCGCUGCAGCUGCGGUCGGAGAACGUGAAGGAACUGGUGACAAUCGUCCUGGAAGCUCUUCGCAGCAGAAGGUUGACAAUGACCUUUCAGCUGCCAUGGCCGCUGCUAACGAGGCAGCCAAGGCGCAAGCCCAGGCGACGGCAGCAGCAGCUCAAGAUCUGUUCCACUAA